CAAUGCGAUUCCGAAACUGGCUGAGGGCGAAAAGGUCCAUUAUGAUUUUGAUUGCCCCAGAGUUAUCUACGCGGCCAUGAUAGACUGAGUACUAGCGAAAUAAAUUUGGCGCAAUUUUUUGCACGUGGGGCAUUUAAACAACAGCAACAUUAUUUGCGAGUUUUAUUAAGUCUUUUUCGAAGCGAAUCUUUGCGUUUUUGAGAUAAAUAUGUCUUCUAAAAGGAAAGCAGAGAAGGACGAAGCAAGCAGUAGCGACGAUUCGGACGCCGAGGUUAGAAAAAUAUGUUUAUUUUGUCGAUUUUAUAUCUUUAUAGUUCCAGGGUAUCGUGCAGCAGAUGGUGUUCAACCUGCAGUUUUCAUGCAGAUAAAUAUAAUGUUCAUUCUUUUCAUUAUGUCUUGGAGGCAAAUAUAUACACACGUAAAAACUUGUCAACAAGAUGUGUUCACAACAGGCUUGUAGCAAGCUUGUCAACAAGUUGUAACAAUGCUGUUAAUAUUUUAUCAAGUUGCUACAAGGUUGUCACUCGCAAAUUGCUGCCAAAUUGUUGAAUUGCAGGACGGACGAUAACAAGUUGUUGGAACAACUUGUAACAAGCCUGUUGAGCUCAACAACCUUGUAGCAAGUUGUCAUAAAGCCAUUGACAACUUGUCAACAAGAUGUGUUUGCAACAGGCUUGUAGCAAACUUGUCAACAAGUUGUAACAAUGCUGUUAUAUUCAAGUUGCUACAAGGUUGUCAAAACUGAUGAAUUGCAGGACGAUAACAAGUUGUUGGAACAACUUGUAACAAGUCUGUUGAGCUCAACAACAUUGUAGCACGUUGUCAUAAAGCCAUUGACAACUUGUCAACAAGCUGGGAUCAAGCAGUGGGAACACAUCGUGUUGACAAGUUGUUGGAACAGCAUUGCUACAAAUCUGCUGCAGGUUUGUCACAACUUGUGGUUUUGCAUAUUGAAAUCGACCAAUAAAUUCAUAUUUUGAUAAUAAUUACAGGCCAGAAAGAAAAUUGCAAAGAAAGAAGCAAAAAAGAAGGCCAAAGAGAAAGAAUCCGGAAAAAAUAAUGAAGGAGAACAUUUGUUUCAGGUUGCUUUAUUUUUAUUCAUUUUCUAACAAACAAAUGUGUCAAGCAUGUUGUUGAGUCAUCUCUGUAGAUAAAAAUAUUGUUUAUGCUCACAUGAAGCCAUCAGGUGUUGUGUUCAAUUACUGAAGUUUCACAUGGGAAUAGACAGUAUUUUUGUCUGUGGAAUUGUGAACUUAGUUUCCUAUUUGGUCUUUGGUUAUGUCAAUAUGUCUUUGCAAUCAGUAAAAAUAGACAAGAUAGAUCCAAACUAAUUUAUAUUUGAUUAACAUAACCUGUUCAUGACAGUCACAACCAAAUGAAUACCAUGCAAUUGACAGCAGUAUUAAGUAAAUGAACUCUUUUAGAUUGGAAAGAAAAGAAAUGUGAAUGUUCGAGAGUUCAAAGGGAAAGUUUUGAUUGACAUUCGAGAAUAUUACGAGGAUGACGCAGGCAACAUGAAGCCUGGAAAAAAGGGUAAAAAUAAAUCUAACAAUAUUCUCACUAUAAAUAAAUUGAGUCAGUUUGUAACCAUUGCAAUACUAAACCUAACCUUAAUCCUAAAUCUAAUCUGAUCUUGGUUUGAUCUGGGCUUAACAAUAAUCCUAAGCAUUAUCAUAAUACCCUAAUUCCUAAUCCUUGUCACUGACUAGUAAGAUAUGUCAUAAUCUAUUUUUAGGUAUAUCUCUGCAGGUCGACCAAUGGGAAGCUCUGAAAGAACAUAUUGCCAAAAUAGAUGAGGCAAUUGAAGAGUUAAAAUGAAAUCUAAGAAAUAUUCUGACUUAUAAAAAAGACCUCGACUUAAACUUUAGACUUAGUAUUGUGUAGAUGAGAAUGCAUAAACUAUAUGUACAGUAAACCUGUUUGUUUAGCAAGUUUAUUGUUUAAUUGUUUUGGUUUUGGCAGGUGAACUUAACCAUUGAGCAGCAUCUUUUCCCUGACAACUAAAAUUGUCUGGCAUCAGACAGAGUAACAAACUACAGUAGGGUACAUCAGAGUAUAUUGCCACUUAAAGGGUUGAUAGUCUUUGAGUGUUAAACACAAAAGCCCAUUUUCCACUAGGUGAAUUUUUGUGUGCGCGAAGCGAAGCCAAAAACAAAUCUUGGCAAUGUGAUUGGCCAGGGAAAAAAUUCGCCGCGAAAAAGUUGGGCCCGUUUGCGCGAACAAAUUUGCCUGGUGGAAAAUGGGCUUAAUUAAGGUGGCUACCUACACUUUUUACUGAAAUGCAUGAUUUUCUGAUUUGGACAUGAAUUUCUGGACAAUAAUUAUUUGUUGAAAAACAAAGAGUAUCUGACUUGAAUACAAGGCUAACAGCUGUUGCUAUGGCAGCAAUGAGGUUUCAAUAUGGCAGUUAUUGUUGCCAUAGCAAUGGCAAUUGUGAUUCCAUUUUUUUCAAAAAAAAUCCAACUCUCUAAUCGGACCUUCUUUGUCUUUUAACAUACAGGAAUUGUUGGGAAAUUGGGUCUAAAUCGGAAAUCUUCCAUUUUCUAGUAAACUGUAGGGAGCCACCUUAAGUCAGUCCCCUCAAACAUUUCUUACAAAUCCUUCAGACAAUAGAAUUACUUAUGCAAAUUCCUAUUGUGAUCACAAAGUCCUAUAGCUAUACUGCAUAACAAAAAGCUGUUGAUUUGGCAAAGCCGUCGGGGGCAAAAUUCCAUUUGUAUAUAUAAGCAAAAUACACAAAAAAAACUAGGAAAGUGCGAAAGCAAUUCAGAUUCAUCCAGAUCUUUUUUGACCCCCCAAUAUUGAUUUACUUACUUCCAACGGCCUUGUUUGGCUAUUGCUAUUGAAAAGCUAUCGCUACUGACUUCCAGACGAAGUUCUGCCUUGUAUUUUUCAAGCCUACCUACACCAGACUACAAUGACAUGCGAAAGCCGUUUGAGAUUCUGUUGAUUUGGCUCGCAAUACAACUAAAUUCCAGAAAAAUGUUGGCUACUGUAUUGGCCCUAAAGAGAUAUGCCUUAUCGAUCAAAAUUUACAUAUCGGAACUGUAAUAUUAGCGGUUCACAUGCUAUAACAUCAGAAUAAUAUAUACAAUGCCUGAAUAGGUCAACAAGGUUGAUUUGAAAUUUGAAACCUUGAUUGAAGAGGGCUUAUGACUGUGACGCGUUCUGUUUGACUUGACAUUCGUCAAUCUUUGGUGAGUAUAUUACCUUCUCGUUUCUGAGCAGAAUUGAGUGGGAGUUCCUCACAGUACUUUGUGUUCGUUUUAGGCGCUCAUCAUGAAGAUACC